AUGCUUUAUCGUUUACUUACAGCUCUCAUUUUGUCUUUUGCAGUUCAGCUGGGUUUGGUUUUCUCCCACACUGAUAAUUAUCCCGACGAGGUUCCGCUUUUGGAUGUUAAAAGUAUUCGAGGAAUCCAUGUUACUGAUCUCACCAUCUUGAAAGAGAAGCUUGAAGAAGAGGCAACAGAAAAUCUUGGUAUGGCCAUGAUGUAUACAUUGGUCUCAUCAGCAAAGGACUGGUUGACUGAACACUACGGGCAAGAUGAUGGAGCUGACUAUGCCGAAGAAGAAGCUUCCAAAGAGGAUGAGGUAAUUAUUCCUCAUGGAGAACCUGUUACGCUGGAGACAUUUGUGGCAUGGAGAGAAAGAUAUGAGGCUGAGCUUGCACUUGAGCGAGCCAAGCUGAUGCCUGAGUCUGCUCUUUCGGCACCUAAGGAGAAGAAGCUUACAGGGAGACAGUGGUUUCAGUGUGGCAAAGCGAGAGGAACAGUGGUUGCUACUGAUCAAGAAUCUGAAGAAGAAGAUGAUGAAGACGAAGACUUUGAAGAUGAUGAAGAAGACAUGCUUGAGCACUACUUGGCGAAGAAAUCUGAUGCAAGGGCCUGA